AUGUCUACUACCCCUACCCCCCGUAGUCCUAACAAUUCUGGCCGCCGUGGUGUGACUGCGACGUUACCUGCAGUUGCAGCCGUUCAAGCGACUCCACCGUCAUCGCCAUCCAUAGGUGGCGAGACUACCAAGGAAGUGAAACCGAAUCCAAAGAUGUCUAAAUCUCUUAGCACUUCGACUAAGAGGAUUCAAAAAGAACUAGCUGAAAUUACAUUGGAUCCUCCUCCCAAUUGCAGUGCUGGACCAAAGGGAGAUAAUGUAUUUGAAUGGGUCAGCACAAUUUUAGGUCCUCCAGGUUCUGUGUAUGAAGGAGGAGUUUUCUUCUUAGACAUUCAUUUUACGCCUGAGUAUCCAUUUAAGCCUCCUAAAGUGACAUUUAGGACUCGCAUAUAUCAUUGCAAUAUUAACUCUCAGGGUGUAAUUUGCUUGGAUAUACUUAAAGACAAUUGGUCUCCUGCAUUAACCAUCUCUAAGGUGCUGUUAUCAAUUUGUUCCUUAUUGACUGAUUGUAAUCCAGCGGAUCCUCUAGUCGGUAGUAUUGCUACACAGUAUCUACAAAACCGGGAAGAACAUGACAGAAUUGCUAGGCUGUGGACAAAACGGUAUGCUACAUGA